GUUCUCUAUCGUCCUGACAUGGAUUGAUGAUUAAAAUAAAAACAACCAUUUUUUACCUCUCUCCCUCGCUUCCCUUCCAACACCAACAAACCUCGCGACCCAGCAGCAGCUUCUUCAUCAUCGUAUUCUCUUCCUUUUCUCUCUCUAGGGUUUCCAUCUCUCAGGCUCAGUGGGAGGAAAACACGGGACCGGGAGCGAGCUGGCUAAUCUCCUCUCCUCCUUCAUACGCUAGGGUUCUCUUCCGAAGCUCAAGCAAGAGUGCAACAGCCAAAAGUAAAGUGUAGCGGCCUACUUCUCCACUCUGAUCGCGUUUCUGCUCCGCCGCUUCUUCUGCUCCGGCUUCCUCAGCGGGGAAUUGCGGUCAAUUCAACGGUGAUGAGUUUUCCGUGCACGACAUUUUGAUGUUCGGAAAAUGUUGUGUGGUUGCUGGUGAAUGGUUGUUGCCAUGGACCUAAAUGCUUCACCCCUGCCUGAAGACGAGGAGGAUAAUUUCGAAAAUCACGUUGAACAAUACAUUGCUCCUGACGAACGCAUUGAGAGUGGCGCUGAACUUGCACGCCGGGAGCGGGAAGAAAGGAUAAAGCGUAGGAAAACAGAUCGCGGGGAUGACGUGCACUCUUAUGCGUCUCGGCAGCUAGGGGAUAAUCAAAUUUAUCAAUCCAAACCCCAAAAGGCGUAUGAUAAAAGCAAACUCCCUCCUGGAUGGGUGGAGUGCACUCCUUCUGGUCAAGACAUAUGUGGAAUGGUUCCAUCUAAGGUUCCACUCGGUGAAAUGUACUAUGAACACAUUCCAGCUGGUAAAAGAUAUUCUUUCAAGCAAGUAAUUCAUCAACAAAGAGUUUCCGGAAGAAAACUUGGUUUGGUGAUUGAUUUGACAAAUACGACUCGUUACUACUCAACCAAUGAGCUUAAAAAGGACGGCAUCAAGCAUAUUAAGAUUCAAUGCCGAGGCCGGGAUGCUGUACCUGAGAAUGUGGCUGUAAAUCAAUUUGUCUAUGAAGUCAUGCAGUUCCUCUCGCAGCAGAAACUUUCAAAGAAGUAUAUUCUUGUUCAUUGCACACAUGGACACAAUCGCACAGGGUAUAUGAUUGUACAUUUCCUAAUGCGUACACAAUCGAUGUCUGUCACUCAGGCAAUAAUGAGUUUUGCCAAAGCACGUCCUCCUGGAAUCUACAAACCAGAGUAUAUUGAUGCUCUAUAUGCUUUCUAUCAUGAGAAGAGGCCAGAUGAUAUGUUCUGCCCACCAAUCCCAGAAUGGAAGAGAUCUUCUGAAUUCGAUCUUAAUGGUGAAGCAGUACCUGAUGAUGAUGAUGAUGACAAUUCAGUUGCUCCUUUGCAUAGCAAUCAAGAAAUUGAAGCCAAGUUGACAAAUGAUGAUGUCUUGGGGGAUGAUAUACCUUUUGACCAGCUCAAUGCACUGCGGCAUACCUGCUAUCAAAUGUUAAAGAUGACUAUGCCAGGAAGAGGACCCCCACAAUUUCCUGGUUCACACCCAGUAUCUUUGAACAGAGAAAAUUUACAGCUAUUAAGGCAGCGUUACUAUUAUGCAACAUGGAAAGCUGAUGGGACACGUUAUAUGAUGUUAAUCACAAUGGAUGGAUGUUAUUUGGUUGAUCGGAGUUUUAAUUUUCGAAGGGUUCAGAUGAGGUUUCCUUGCAAGGGUGGAAGUGAUGUUUUGUAUGAUAAGACACAUCAUUUUACCUUACUUGAUGGUGAGAUGGUUAUCGAUACCUUGCCCGACACGCAGAAGCAGGAGAGAAGAUACCUCAUCUAUGAUUUGAUGGCAAUCAAUCAUGUCUCCGUUGUAGAGCGGCCUUUCAGUGAGCGAUGGAAAAUGAUCGAGAAGGAAGUGCUUGGACCUCGAAAUGCUGAACGUCAUAAUGCCUACCACAGCAGAGAAUUCUCCUAUCGAUAUGAGUUGGAACCCUUCAGGGUUAGAAGGAAGGAUUUCUGGUUGCUUUCUACAGUCACCAAGCUUUUAAGGGACUUCAUUCCUAAGCUUUCACAUGAAGCAGAUGGACUUAUUUUCCAGGGAUGGGAUGAUCCUUAUGUGCCAAAGACUCACAAUGGCCUUUUGAAGUGGAAGUACCCAGAAAUGAACUCUGUUGACUUCUUAUUUGAGGUUAAUGCUGAUGGUCGACAGUCACUGUGUCUGUUUGAACGUGGGAAAAAGAAACCAAUGGAUGGGCAAAGAGUUGAAUUCAAAGAUGAUGCUGAUCCUUCUUCUUAUUCGGGGAAGAUCAUUGAGUGUUCCUGGGAUAAACACAAAGAGGUCUGGGACUGCAUGCGUGUUCGGACAGAUAAAAACGCGCCUAAUGAGAUCAACACAUACAGGAAGGUGAUGCGAAGCAUAACAGACAACAUAACGGAGGCUGUCUUGUUGGGUGAAAUCAAUGAGAUAAUUCGGUUGCCGAUGUACGCGGAUAGGAUAAAUAAUGACAGCAAAGCUGCAGCACGGAGAAGGUGAUUUACUUGUAGAAUGGAGUAGCUACCUUCCGUCCUACCCAUCCACCCCAUUUGUAACUGUCCACAGCUCUCUCAGGUGUAUAACAUUGUAGCCAAGCUGGUGAGAUGUUAGUUGAUUUGAUGAUCUAGAUGAGGACCCGUGACAAAAAGAAAAGAAAGGGGGGUAAAUGAGAAGGGAAGGUUGAGAGUAGUAUUAUGAUGUGCACGAUGCCCUACUGUAGGUCGGUCCAGAUUAAGAGAGGAUUAGGAAUUAGUAGCAUUCUUUUCCUUUCUCCUUUUUACCUUUUCAUUGUAUAUUAAUUUUUAGUUUUCUUCUGGGUUUCAUGUUAGUGAUUUGUAAUUUAUCUUAGAAGAUGAGAUGAGCCCUUUCCAAGUUCUAGCUUUUAGAGUAGUUGCAGGCUGAUAUUUCCUUUGGGCAUUUUUUGUUUCUGGUGUCAGUCUCGGUUGAGUUCUUGAGGGUUGGUUUCUUUUUGUUCAUUUGCAUUAUGCUGCACUUGAUUUGCAUGUUUGAUUCUGUUGGAAUUAUGGGUUAGUACUGUCACUCACUUUGCAAUUUUGAUUUUUUAUCCUUUUGAUACUGAAGGGCGACCGAAAAAAGCACUAUGAGGUAAUUGAGAACUCAAGAACUCUGGCAACGUUCUUGGAUUAAGGAUUUUCUUGUUAAGUUAGGUCCCAAGGCGAGAAUUUGUAGAAGGCGGCUUUUGCACAAACUUCCCACGAGGAAUCCUACAACUCUCCGAAUAACUCUAUCACUCCAUUUCCAAGCAAGUAUUGGCAUCUCUCUCAAGAGAUCUGGUGAGUGUUGGUGGCCUUUGAGAUUUGAGGGAGUUGCCCACCCAGCCCUGAUACCGAUUAGCCCGUAUGGUUGGUUCUAGCCAACUUAAUGGACUUGCAUUCCUCUCUUUCUAUUUGGUGAUCGGAACUUGGAAAGAUCCUACUUGUCCCGGACCUGGCUAAUUGUAUCAGACAGUCCCAGUCCCAUUGUUCUUGCCAAGUAACAUACAAGCUUUGAGAGUUUGAGUGCAAAUGUCAUGUUGGACUUUUCGACUUGUUUUCCUAUUGAACCAUCUUACGAUAUAUCUAACUUACUCCUAGAAGUCACCAUCUUCAUCAGGAU